CGUCGUCCGCCCAGCCCGCCGCCCACCGCUGCCCGCCGCCGCCUGCCGCCGCCAUGUCGGUCCUCCUGGCCGAAGUGCACACGGCGCUCGCGAACCUGCUGCAGGGCCUGCAGUCGCCCGACAACGUCACGCGCACCGCCGCCGAGCAGCAGCUCAACGACGAAUGGGUGGCCCAGCGGCCCGAGGUGCUCCUGAUGGGCCUGUCCGAGCAGAUUGAGCUGGCCCAGGCCACGCCCACCCGCACCUUUGCCGCUGUCAUCUUCCGCCGCCAGUCGUCCAAGCCGCGCAAGACGGCCUCGGGCCAGACCGCCGACCUGUUCCUGACCCUGCAGGCCCCCGAGCGCGACGCCAUCCGCGCAAAGCUGCUGCAGUGUCUGGCCACCGAGGCCGACAACUCGGUCCGCUCCAAGGUCGGCGACGCCGUGGCCGAGCUGGCGCGCCAGCACACCGACGAAGGAGUCGCAUGGCCAGAACUGCUAGGCGCCCUGUUCCAGGCCAGCCAGUCGCAGGUGCCUGCCCAGCGCGAGAAUGCCUUCCGCAUCUUCUCCACCACCCCGCAGAUCAUCGAGAAGCAGCACGAGGACGUCGUCAUGAGCGCCUUCAAGGGCGGCUUUGCCGACAGCGAGACGGCCGUGCGCAUUGCCGCCGUCGAGGCCUUUGCCUCGUUCUUCCGCUCCAUCACGAAAAAGGCCCAGUCCAAGUACUUUGGCCUCGUCCCCGAGAUCCUCAACAUCCUGCCGCCCAUCAAGGACUCGCGCGAUGCCGAGCUGCUCACCAAGGCCCUCAUCUCGCUCAUCGACCUCGCCGAGGUCGCCCCCAAGAUGUUCAAGCCCCUCUUCAACAGCCUCGUCCACUUCAGCAUCUCCGUCAUCCAGGACAAGGACCUCGGCGAGACCGCCCGCCAGAACGCCCUCGAGCUCAUGGCCACCUUUGCCGACAACGCCCCGCAAAUGUGCAAAAAGGACCCCAACUUCACCAACGACAUGGUCACCCAGUGCCUGUCUCUCAUGACCGACGUCGGCGCCGACGAUGACGAUGCCGAGGAGUGGAACGUCUCCGAGGAUCUCGACGAGGAGAGCGACUCCAACCACGUCGCCGGCGAGCAGUGCAUGGACCGACUGGCCAACAAGCUCGGCGGACAGGCCAUCCUGCCUCCGACAUUCAACUGGCUGCCCCGCAUGAUGACUUCGUCAGCGUGGCGGGACAGGCACGCAGCACUCAUGGCCAUCUCUGCCAUCUCCGAGGGCUGCCGGGAGCUGAUGAUUGGCGAGCUCGACAAGGUCCUAGACCUCGUCAUCCCUGCUCUGCACGAUCCGCACCCCCGCGUGCGUUGGGCUGGGUGCAAUGCUGUUGGUCAGAUGAGCACUGACUUUGCAGGAACAAUGCAGGGCCAAUACCACCAAGUCGUGCUGCCAAACAUCAUUCCCGUGCUGGAGUCUGCCGAGCCUCGCGUCCAGGCGCACGCUGCUGCUGCCCUCGUCAAUUUCUGCGAGGAGGCCGAGAAGGAGAUCCUCGCCCCUUAUCUGGACCAGCUCUUGGACCGCCUCCUCAACCUCCUGCAAAGCCCCAAGCGUUUUGUGCAGGAGCAGGCGCUUUCUACCAUUGCGACUGUCGCCGACUCCGCCGAGACUGCUUUUGGCACUUAUUACAACACUUUAAUGCCGCUGCUCUUCCGCGUUCUGCAAGAGGAGCAGUCCAAGGAGUACCGGCUCUUGCGCGCAAAGGCCAUGGAGUGCGCGACUCUGAUUGCUCUUGCCGUCGGAAAGGAGAGGAUGGGACAGGAUGCACUGAACCUGGUGCAGCUGCUUGGCCAUAUCCAGAACAGCGUUACCGAUUCCGAUGACCCGCAAGCAUCGUACCUGCUUCACUGCUGGGGCCGCAUGUGCCGUGUCAUGGGUCGUGAAUUCGUGCCCUACUUGGCAGGUGUCAUUCCCCCUCUGACCGAACUGGCUGGUGCCAAGGCCGAUAUCCAGCUGCUCGAUGAUGAGGAUCAGGUGGCUCAGAUCCAGGAUGAGGAGGGCUGGGAACUUGUUCCCCUCAAGGGCAAGGUUAUUGGUAUCAAGACCAGCAUCCUCGACGACAAGCACAUGGCUAUUGAGCUCAUCGUCAUCUACGCGCAGGUCCUGGAGGAUGCUUUCGAGCCGUAUGUCAACGACAUUAUGGACAAGAUUGCUCUUCCUGGCUUGGCAUUCUUCUUCCACGACCCAGUUCGUGUUGCGUCCGCAAAGUGUGUCCCUGCCCUUCUGAAUGCUUACAAGAAGGCACACGGUCCAGGGUCGACACAGCUCGGUCAGCUGUGGGAGCGCACUGUUGAGCGUGUGCUCGAGGUUCUGAGCACCGAGCCCGCCAUUGAUACUCUUGCAGAAAUGUAUCAGUGUUUCUACGAAUGCUUGGAGUGCGUUGGCAAGAACUGCCUGACGCAGACCCACAUGGCUGCUUUCAUCGAGAGCGCGCGCAGUGUCUUGGUCGACUACCAAGAGCGUGUAAAGGAUCGCUUCGAGGAGCAGGCCGAGAACGAAGAUGGCGAAGAGGUAUCUGAGGAGAUCUUGUUCGCUAUCGAGGACGACCAGAACCUGUUGUCCGACAUGAACAAGGCUUUCCACACCGUCUUCAAGAACCUAGGUACACAGUUCCUGCCCCACUGGGAGAAGUUGAUGGAGUUCUACUCUAGCGCCGUUAUCAACCCGGACCCUACCCAGCGCCAAUGGGCUAUCUGCAUUUUCGACGAUGUUCUCGAGUUCGCCGGACCCGACUCGUGGAAAUACAGCCAACAGAUCAUUCAGCCGCUCAUUGCCGGUAUGCAGGAUGAUGUCCCUGCCAACCGACAGGCUGCUGUCUACGGUGUUGGUGUCGCUGCUCACAAGGGCGGCGAGGCCUGGUCGGACUUUGCAGCUGCCUCGCUGCCUACCCUCUUCCAGGUUUGCCAGCGACCCAACGCUCGCAAUGACGACGACGUCUUCGCGACAGAGAACGCAUCGGCGGCCAUUGCCAAGAUCCUCCUCCACAACACAGCCAAGGUCCAGAACUGGCAAGACGUAGCCACCGCAUGGGUCGACACUCUCCCGAUUGUAAAUGACGAGGAGGCGGCGCCUUUCGCCUACAGUUUCUUGGCCAAACUCAUCGAGCAGCAGAACCAGGCCGUGUUCUCGCAACCCGCCAAGGUUUUCACAUUCACCGUUCAGGCACUCGAGGCCGAGACACUGCAGGGCACGACCGCCACACAUGUCGUCAACGCUGUCAAGAGCUUGAUCCAGGCCACCAGCACAAAUCUCGGCCAGGUCGCCAGCAGCUUGACAACAGAGCAGCAGCGCACAGCUCAGGCCUACUUCAGCUAGGAGGUGAAUGGGUAUAAGCUGCCGCGAGCACUACAGCUGGUGAACUAAGAACUAGGAAUCGAAGGUGCAACACCUCGACGCAUCAGAGAACG